AUGGUGCAAAUGUCUCCCGAGGGCCAGGUGGCCCUGGGAAUCAUUGUUGGCCUCUUGUCAACAUGCGUACAGUCUGUCGGCUUGACUAUGCAGCGCAAAUCACAUAUCGAAGAGGACGAAAAGGACGACGACGUCGCAUAUAGACCACCAUACCGGAGGCGAAGAUGGCAAAUUGGAAUGUUCCUGUUUCUCAUUGCCAAUAUCGUUGGAUCAAGCAUACAAAUCACCACAUUGCCGCUGCCAGUGCUCAGCACGCUACAAGCAUCGGGUCUGGUGUUCAAUAGCAUAUUGGCGAGCUUGAUUCUGAAAGAGGCGUGGACCUGGCGGACAGUAUAUGGGACAGUACUCGUGGCAGCAGGCGCCGUGCUGGUCAGCUUCUUCUCUGCCGUGCCGGAGCCCAGUCACAGCCUGGAGCAGUUACUCCACUUGCUCUCUAUCCCAGCCUUCUUAGUCUGGUUCAUAUUGUCCUUGAUCUUUGUUCUGCUGAUCAUUGUUCUAACCUUCACUUUGCGCUUCUGCAUUCCGGGACUCAGUGGAGACAGUCCCCGCGUCUGCUUGAUAAAUGGUAUGAGCUUCGGUCUCAUAUCUGGUGUUCUUUCCGCGCACGCGCUUCUCUUGGCUAAGAGCGCAGUGGAACUCAUCGUCACCAGCUUGUCUGAUCACAAGAAUCAGUUCAAAUCGUUCGAGCCUUGGCUACUCAUACUCGCCUUCCUCGUGCUAUCGCUGGCGCAAUUAUACUACCUUCAUCUUGGGUUGAAGCUCAUCUCAACCAGCAUUCUUUAUCCUUUCGUUUUCUGCGUAUACAACAUUGUUGCAAUCUUGGAUGGCCUCAUAUAUUUCCGACAAAUGAGCCAAUUAAAAGCAUUACAGGCUGGACUCAUCGCACUUGGGACGGUACUGCUAUUGGCGGGAGUAUUGGCGCUAAGCUGGAGAUUACAUGACGACGAGGAUCACACUGAUCAGGCUGUGAUGAAGCAAGCUGAGAUACCCCAAACCGUGCUUGCUCCAGGCAUGGGUUUCGUCGGCGAACCAGACUCGGAUUCCUGCGAUAGCGAAGCUACCUACUCGGGAGAUGAGUUCGAGGGCGAACAUCCCGCCACUGAGCACACAUCACUAUUGCAUAAAUCAAAUUCAAGAAGUCGAAGUGUUUCGCAAAAAAUACUUGGCUCCACGCCAGGCCACUCUCAUAUUCAUCACAGCACGCGGCGUCGUCGUGCAGCUACUCUCAAGGAAGUCAGAGAAAUUUGGGAUUCUCUG